GUCUAUAUAAAUGAUUACACUCUUUCUUGUUUCUUGAAGAUAAAAGAGCAAUAACUAUGGGUGGUGAAGCCGUUAGGGAUCGAAGAGAAGAAGUGAUUCAAGCUUGGUACUUGGAUGAUAAUUACGAAGAGGGUCAGAAACUUCCUCACCACAAGGAUCCUAAGGAGUUUGUUACUUUGGACAAACUUGCAGAGCUUGGAGUACUUAGCUGGAGACUUGACGCUGACAACUAUGGAACCGAUGAGAAGCUGAAAAAGAUCCGCGAAUCUCGUGGUUACUCCUACAUGGUAUGCCCUGAAAAGCUUCCAAACUACGAAGCAAAAGUUAAGAUGUUUUUUGAAGAACAUUUACACAUUGAUGAAGAGAUUGGUUACUGCCUCGCUGGAAGUGGAUACUUUGAUGUGAGGGAUCUCAAUGAUGUUUGGAUUAGAGUAUGGGUAAAGAAGGGAGGUAUGAUAGUCCUUCCUGCUGGAAUAUAUCAUCGCUUCACCGUGGACUCAGGCAACUAUAUGAAGGCAAUGCGGCUUUUCGUGGGUGGACCAGUGUGGACUCCUUACAAUCGCCCACACGACCAUCUUCCUGCAAGGAAAGCGUAUAUGGAUACAUUCGUAAAGGUGCUUGGAGACCGUACCAUAGUCGCUUCAGCGUAGAGGGACUAUAUUAUAUCGGGCAUCAGGUUUUUAUAAGCUAAACGUAUGUUGAGAUGUUAUGUCUUUAUGCUUUAUUAUGUUUACCACUGAAACCGAAGACACUUCGGUUUCGUGUGAGUGUCGUUGGCAUUAUUGUGGUGUUGUAAUGUUGUUAGAUGGCGUGUGAUUGUGUGAACUUGUAACUUACCCUCUUUAUGUCCGUUCAGUAAUAUGUAUUUGGAGGAAAAUGGAUAUGUUUGUGUUGAAAUGUUGAUAA